UCAGUCCGUUGGACCGAGGUAAACAACGCUGUUCAGUGCCGUGGCUAUCGACUGUUGAAGAGCUUGUAUUCACUGACUGAAAAAAAUGGCAAAGAAAACGGAGGACCUCGGGGAUUUAUGGCUGUGACUACGUUAAACAAAUCUAUUACCACACUCCAUCCCUAGAUCUGGAUCCCUCUCCUCAGCCAUGUCGUCACGUGUGUUGCUGCGGCAGCAGCUGAUGCGAGAGCAAGCCCAGGAGCAGGAGAGACGUGAGGCCCAGCAGCAGGCCUCUGCCUCUCAGCUCCGGGCCUCUGACUCCACUCCAGCCAUCUCUGUCACUCUUCCCCCAAAUGCUGCCCGUCCCCCUUCAGCACAGGUGCCUGUGGAAGUGCUGAAAGUGCAGACCCACUUGGAGAACCCCACCAAGUACCACAUCCAGCAGGCACAGAGGCAACAGGUGAAGCAGUACCUGUCCACCACCCUGGGCAAUAAGGUGGUUACUCAGACACUGGGUGUGUCCCCUGUGCCGCAGUCCAGUUCUGCCCCUGAAGUUGCUCCUACUGCCAGCAGUGCCCCUAACAGUCCUAUGGCUCUGCUUAACAUUGGAUCCAACAAGGAGGAAAUUGACGAUGUGAUCGACGACAUCAUUAGUCUUGAAUCCAGUUUUAAUGACGACAUCAUUACAUUGAUUGACUCAGGACUUCAGUUGCCUAGCACGCUCCCAGGAAAUCUGUUGGAUGUCUAUCAUAGCCCUGGAAUGGCAGCACCCACUCUCACGGUCAGCAACUCCUGCCCUGCUGAUCUUCCAAAAAUUAAAAGGGAAAUUACUGAUGCAGAUGCCAAAGCGCUAUUGAAAGAAAGGCAGAAGAAAGACAACCAUAACCUCAUUGAGAGAAGGCGGAGAUUCAACAUCAAUGACCGCAUAAAGGAGCUGGGGACUCUAAUACCCAAGUCAAAUGACCCUGAGAUGCGUUGGAAUAAAGGCACCAUCCUGAAAGCUUCUGUCGACUACAUCAGGAAGUUACAGAAGGAGCAGCAGAGAGCCAAGGACAUUGAGAUGCGACAGAAGAAGCUGGAGCAAGCAAACCACAGUCUAAUGUUACGCAUCCAGGAACUGGAAAUGCAGGCACGGAUCCACGGCCUUUCCAAUUCCAACAGCAUCUCCUCUGGUCUGGGCUCUGAUCCCUCCCUGCUCCAGCAGCAGCAUGUCCCACAGAGCGGCCAGUCUCUGCCUCCCAGUGCAGGAGGAGCCCCGUCUCAGAACCUCCUCAGUUUGGGAGCCAUUGGACAGCCUCUGCCAGCCUCCUUCCUGUCCCCGCCCUCCUCUGACUCUCCUGCAGGAGUCACCAUCAGCAGCCCUCUGGACCUGGGCAGCCUGAGCUUUGCUGAGCUGGACGACACCUCGGCCUCAGCGCUCUACCCUGAUGUGGGCUUGGGAGACAUUCUUAUGGAUGACGGGUGCACCCUGUCUCCGGAGAGGGUGGGUGAUCCACUCUUCUCUCCUUUGUCACCAGGUGCCUCUAAAACCAGCAGUCGCAGGAGCAGCCUUGAAAUGGACGAGGACUUGUGAUGAGCGCUGUGUGGCGAUCAGAGACUGUCUGUAGGGACAAGAAUGUCAGGAAGUGCUGUCUAUCCUUAAAUAACGUUAGUCUAUUUAUAGGAUUGUAGAAUUGAACUUAGAAAAGCGAAACUAGCUAACAUUAAGAUCAAAACUAACGUAAACGUUGCAUCAGGAGAAACUAAGUUCUUCUUGAAUAUUCUUGCCAUACAGACCUAAAUAUUAUUGUUCCUGUUUGGAGCAGGUCAGAUGAUUAUGUCUGGAUUUAUAAAUGCAAUCUUAUUAAAACGGAAUAUUGUAUAAUAGGGGCAUGGACUUAGCAUUAAGAAAUAAUACAUUCUUAAAUAGUUUUUAAGAUUUUCAUCAGAGAUUUAAGAGGGAUAUAACGUUUGCUUGAAUUUAUUAUGUGCUCAUUUAUAGGGAGGAAAGCUGUGAGGUUUCUUUUUCAUGACAGCAAUGGCAUAACAAACUUAUUAAGAGAUGCCAACAUACAUUACAUGUUUUGUUUUUUUUUUUGUUUGUUUUUUCAACUGACUGGAAUCAGGGUUUGUUAUUAGCAUUCACAUGCUCAUCUGUGUUGGGUUGUUUCACCAGCAGCUACAGAAGGGAUCUUUGUAAAGUGAAUUGGCACAUUGUGAAAUAUUUACUGCAUAUUGUAUAUAAGAAUAUUUUAUUUUGAGCAAUUUUAUUGCACCUUAUUUUAUGGCAGUCUAUGCAUUUUAUGAGAGCUUUUGUCUGUUUUUAUUACUUUUACACACAGUGGACAGCUAAUGCCCAGGUUGCAUGUAUUUGUAAUAAACUGAAAGCAGUGUAAAAUCACUUGCUGCUGCAGCUAGUUAGCCAAAGCAGGACUUCUUCCAGAGUAGCUACAAAUUACAAAUCAGCGUUUUAUUUUUUGAAUAUAUUCACUCAGUCAAUGGAAAUGCAAGAGAGUAUGAUAAAUGCAGAACAAUUUUAUCCUUUUACAAUAGUACUGUAGUUCAUUACAUAUUUUUUUGAUACCUGAAUAAUAGUUUGAUAAGUAGUUUCUCCUGACUAAUAUCUGUGUUGUCAGUAAUAGUUUGUCUCCAUUAACCGUGGUGAUCACUGAGUGAUUUUACCAGUUAGCAUAUUGAACCAAGAUUGUGGCUUUUCUUUUUUCUUUUUUUUCUCCUUUUUUUUGACGAUCAAAAUCAAUAUAUCUAUUAAUGCUUUAUUGCUCACUGUAGUAUGAAUUCAGAGAGCUUUGACCUUGUAUUACACCAACCACUAGUCUCACCUCUGUGAUAAUAAGGUAUAACUGUUUGUGUGAAAUCUGAAAUGCAACUACUAAUCUACAAACUAGCCACAAACUUUAGAGAGGCAUUAAAUUUGUCAGAUGCUUAACGCAACUUUAUGUACAGUUAAUGAACGUGUUUGAGAAAGUACCUGCAUAUGUGUAGUUGUAUGGUUUUUGUAACACAGAUAUACUGUUAUUUUUUUCCUCCAACACAACCUCCAAGUUAUUGAUACACUUAAAUUUUAAAGUAUUCCAUGAGCAGUGGUCACAUAAAAACAGAUUAUCCAAAAACAUUGUACUUUAGAUCAUAGCACUGAUUGACAUUAAUUGGUGGUUACAGCGAUUUUAAGGUAUCCCUCUUGUUCAUUCAGAACAUUGAGGUACAUACGGUCAGCCUUUUCCCCUCAUACUUUUUUGCUCUCCACAAUAUUAACCAUGUCUUACCCUGACAUAUAUUUGAGUGCUAACAUGGACUGUUAACCAUACACGUAACAUUUCUGUCUUGUCCCUACAAGUUGGCUUUCAGAAGAUUUUAACAAAUAAAUGAUUCCCAUUG